AUGGCACUUAAUUGGACGAUGCUAGACGCCAAGCGCGCACCUGUACCGCUCCCAAACGAAUCUACGAUCACGAUGGUCAACCCUGGCGUCGAAGUCAGUCUGACGAUCCCCGAUGCUCCGCCCGCAGGCCCCUCAACGGCGGGCGGGUCAGGUGGGUCGAAACGACUAAAAUCGCUCGGUGGAGCCUGGCUUACAGACCAGAGGUUCAUCUUCACCACGGAGCCCGGCUCUCCAUUUGACUCUUUAUCCGUACCUUUACACUCCAUCCUCUCGACAAGGUUCGAGCAGCCGACGUUCGGCGCCAACUUCCUCGCGUUUGAGAUCAAGCCCUCACCAGAUGGCGGGCUCACGAAUGGCACAAGAGUAGAAGUACGCUUCAAGGACCGCGCGAUGUUCGAGUUUGUCAGCCUGUUGGAGAAGACGAGGGAACGGGCGAUCUACAUGAAGCGGCAGAUGGCUGAGGAGGAAUCGGAGGAGGGUUUGCCAACGUACACCAGCCCCGCCGAGUCCAGUACGGUCUCCCUUGUUGGCGGCAUCCCGGUGGAGAACCCUCCUAGUUAUGCUUAA